AUGCUGAUACUUAGCAUGUGCAUUAACGAGGUGAACCAACAAAUUCACGAUUUAAUCGCGUCCCAUUCCACCGAUUUUCUAGAUCGCGUGCGCGACGUGUCACAAAUGCAGGAAAUCAUGUCUGCAUUGCUGGAGAAGGUCGAUAUAUUGAAUGGGCAUGCUACAAAGGCGCGUGAUGUUGUCCGUAUACCUUUGGAGCGCCUUGAAUCAUUGCAACUGCAUUCCGAGCGCGUCCAAAAAGCGGAAGCGCUUGUUGGCUAUGCGCACUCACUCGCAGUCCUAUGCUCGCGUCUUACUGCGCAAAUGGGCGCUGUGAUGGAGUGGGACGUAGCUGUCUCACACAAGGAUACCCCAGCAUUGCAGCAACAUGCGUUGCAUGUGACCGAAGCGGCUGCGACGCUCAAAGAGUUGCACGAAUUACUCUACGAAUCUGAGGAUGACAAUAGCGUCGACGAAGAAUUGCGCCGUGAGGCUUUCCAGCUAGACUUUGUACGUGCACAUGUGGACCUUCUUCCGGACGCAUCCAAGACCAUCCGGGAAAAGACGGAGUAUCUUCUUCUUUGUGGCCUGCGCUCCAUCUCCCCGUCGCUUUUGGGUAUCGCACUGCAAGCGGCGCAUUCCCAAGGAGCAUUGGGCAACGCAGUCGGCGAUCUUAUGGAAGAUCUUGACAACGUUCUUUCCGACCGUAUCCAUGUCACUUUUGAUCUGUACUCUGCGGGGAAAAAUAUUGGCGAAAAACAACCACCCGUGCUAAGUUCGAACCCAUUGCCGCUCAUGUAUCAAACACGCAAUGAAGCACCACAUCAGACCAACACAACUUCUGCCUCGCUACUGCAAAAAUGGUCCACGGAGAUUUGGAGUAGACUCCAGGUACUCAUCGUGGAUGAAAUCUCAUCCAUGUAUGCUAAAGUGCAAACGCUCGAACGUGUCCUUUCAUUAAAACAGGAUAAUGAAACGGGUCGUAGCUAUUUGGACAUUACCACUCGGCAAUUAGGCGAUACACCCGUUGGACUGCUUUGGACAUCAGCUGCAAGACAUUUUGGAGAUAUGUACCAGGAAGCCAUUCACGAAUCGGAUUUUUGGCGUUUUAUUCUCGUCUCUUCAUAUCCACGCUUGGUACACAUCUUCCAGGACUUGUUCCAGCGCAUCCGCUCUCUUAUUGAUACAUCGUCUUCUUUUGCAGAGCCACGCGCCAUCAAGUCGCUCCUGUCGGCGUGUAGGGAAAUAUACCUGACAUCUGCAUCGCAGCGUCUCGCAGACGCAAGACAGGAUCUCCGCGGUGCACUCACGUCCACUUUAAAAAAUGGGCAGGGUAGCCAUGAAGCGCAAAUUUUUUUGGCAGUUGUGCUUGCUCAGCUUGACAUGGCAAUGCGCGACUCGGACUUGUGUGUAGACAUGGCUGAGAUUGUGUCGUCUACUUUUACUGCACUUUUGGAUCAGGUCGUUCAACUAAUCCGCUGCGAUGAGAAUGCGAGUUCAUUGCAAGGUGUCCAAGCUACGGCGUUGCAAGUGCAAAAUAUUGAAAUAACCAACGCAUUAAAAGUGCUGCGCGAUGGCCUCGCAAAUGCAAAAGUUCCCGCAGCGCUGCAAGCCACCGAAGCUUCUUGGAAGCAACAAAUUACAGAAGUGAUCAAAAAGCAUCUGCUUUUGCCGCUGUUUGCCCCUAUAAAGCAAGAGCUUGCUUCUGUGAUUGCGCGUAUCCAGCGGUUUAAAAUCGAUAAACCUUCUUUACCAGAAAAUUCAGACCCUACGGAAAUGGAAACAAGCGCAUACGCGCUGGAGCUUGCGGCAAGGCUCACUUUGCUGCAAAAUGGACUGCUGAGCCGAUAUGAAUGGACUAGCGAAUUGGAGGACAGUGUGGUGGACCUCAUCACGUUCACCUUGUCGGUUUUCGUGUACUAUGCUGCAUUGAUUCGUUUGACCAAAGAAGCUGAGAAACUGCAGCUCGUCAACGAUAUGACUUCCUUGGAGCUUACCCUCUUGCAAUUAUUGACCUAUGCAAAGAGAAUGGAUAAAACGAAACCAACUUCGUUGGAGCAAAUUGGCACGCCAUUUAAGGCGAUACGAAAUUUCCGCACGCUGGUGUUUGAGCCCAACGAAAAUCUGCAAACUUUUCCCAGAACCCAGCAAAAAUUUGAAAUGCCUGUCGCGGUCUUGCUGUCACAUCUCAUUUCACGAUCUACCACGCUACCGCUUCCAAAUGAAAUCAGGCGUAUGAGCAAGUCAAAUUAUGUAAAAUGGGCAAUGCAAGCAGGCCCAUCGCCGCGUACGUAUUUUUCGACAAAUACGGACACUGCCGUGGCGCAAGAAGUGCGUACCUUGCUCUCGCACUACCAGGGUGCAGAUGCUAAGGAGAAGCGAGAGCAAGUUGCCAAUGACCCCUCUGACAAAAUCAUACUCGACACCUUGUUUGCUUGGGAUGCAGAUCUCGCGCUUGUAGCCAAAAAAUGA